AUGGUCCCUACAAGUGCAUCACACGGUGUCAGUCGUGCGUUUGUGUGGCUCGCUGCAAUUGGUGUCGCAGCACGGGUCGCCUUCUUCUGCUACGGACUGUACCAGGACGCUCACUUCACUCUGAAGUACACUGACGUCGACUACAACGUGUUCCACGACGCUGCUGGGUUCGUGUACAAUGGUGGAUCUCCCUACGAGAGGGACACGUACCGGUACACACCUUUGCUCAGCUGGGUCGCGUUGAUCAAUUGGCAAUGCCACUGGUUCCACGCGACGAAACUCGUCUUCAUGCUCGCGGACAUCGUCACAGGCCUGCUGAUCUACCUGAUCCUCCGCAGAGCGUACCCGGAGACCCGUUGCUCGGAACGCCGAAGACUGGUUCUUACGGCGUUAUGGUUACUCAACCCAAUGGUCAUCACUAUCAGUACCCGCGGGAACGCAGAACCGGUCCUCUGCGUGCUCAUCCUCGGAGCGAUGUACUGUCUCGUGCGGGGGUCCCACGCUACGGCAGGGUUGUUACUCGGACUGGCGAUCCACGUCAAGAUGUACCCCAUAGUGUACGCUGGGCCCUGGGCAGUGUUCAUCCUCUCCAGGUCCCGUGCCCCGUUCCGCACACUGUUCACUGUGGGUUGUUGUUGUGCUGGGGUGCUCGUCGCACUGACAGCGUGGAUGUACGCGCUGUACGGACAACAAUUCCUCGACGAGGCAUUACUGUAUCACGUCGUGCGGUUAGACCACCGCCACAACUUCUCCCUGUGGAACGUCCUGCUCUACUUCGACUCCGCCCAAUUGGGGCCAGCACCUUGGGCGACACGGCUCGCAUUCUUACCACAGGCCCUCGUGACACUUGUGGGACCCAUGGUUCUACAGUACCGUGUCAAGGCCACUGCUCAAGCACAGUUCAGACUGCUCAUGAGCGUGCAGUUCGUUCAGACGGUCGCCUUUGUCGCGUUCAAUAAAGUCUGCACGUCGCAGUACUUCAUAUGGUACCUGACGUUGCUACCGUUCUACUUGGCGGACACAAGACUCCGCUGGUGGGCGCAAGGAUGCCCGAUGUUGCUCGCGUGGGCGGGAACACAAGCAAUUUGGCUCUACGAGGCGUACCAGCUUGAAUUCCUCGGUUCAAACGUGUUCUACCCUGGACUGUUCGCCGCCGCGGCAGCGUUUUUCCUCGCCAACGUCUACAUCGUCGCACAGUGUGUCCAGGACAUCGCCGAGGGGCCCAAUUGA